CUGUGGAGAGAGAGAGAUACAGAGAGAGAGAGAGAGAGAGAGAGAGGAAAUAAAGCAAUAGCAACAACAACAAUUGGGAGUAGAAUAAAUUGAGAGAACAUGUCAGAUUAGGUUUCAUUCACUCGCUUAGUCACACUGUCUCUUUAUCUUGCGGCUAGGGUUUCUCUCUCGCUUUCUUUUUAACUUUGUUGUCUCUCUAACCUAAAUCCAAAAUCCCCCUUAUACGUUAAUAGAUCUAUUUCACAUAUAAAACGAUGGAAGUGUUGUUAAGUUAGGGUUUGGACCUAGUAGAAUCAGUGAGACUGGGGGUGUUUUGAUUCCUGAUUAUCUCAAAUGGCGACUAUGAACCCGUUCGAUUUGUUGGGCGACGAUGACGCUGAGGAUCCGUCGCAGCUCAUCGCUGCCGCCGCCGCCGUGCCUAAGAAGGCUCAGUCGCAGCCUCUGGCUAAGCAGCAACCUCAGUCUCUGCCUCAAGCUAAGCAGCAGCAGCCGGCUAAGCUCCCUUCCAAGCCUCUGCCUCCGUCUCAGGCUGUGAGAGAGGCAAGGAAUGAAGGUGGCCAUGGAGGAGGUCGUGGUGCUGGUGGUCGUGGAUACGGCCGUGGCCGUGGUGCAUACAGUCGGGAGUCCUCCAACAAUGAGAACUCAUUCAGCAAUACUGGAGCACCUGCUGGUCAAGGUGCCCCUGAAGAUGGAGACGCUGGAAAGACCUCUGAAAGGCGUAGCUAUGGUGGAGCCCGUGGCGGUUACCGUGGUGGCCGCCGUGGUGGGUUUGCUAAUGGAGAAGUUGGUGAUGGAGAACGCCCUCGUCGAGCAUUUGAACGCCGUAGUGGGACUGGACAUGGAAAUGAGUUCAAACGAGAGGGAGCUGGUCGUGGGAACUGGGGAACUAACACUGAUGAAAUUGCUCAGGUGACUGAGGAAGCUGUCAACGAGGGUGAGAAAAAUAUGGGUGAUGAGAAGCCUGUGGGAGAGGGGGAAGCAGUGGAUGGAAAGAAGGAGAGCCCCACUAAUGAACCUGAAGAAAAACAGCCGGAGGAUAAGGAAAUGACCCUUGAAGAGUAUGAAAAGGUGCUGGAAGAGAAGAGAAAGGCUCUGCAGGCAACCAAGGCUGAAGAAAGAAAGGUGGAUACUAAAGAAUUUGCAUCCAUGCAGCAGCUUUCAAGCAAGAAGGGAGGCGAUGAUAUCUUUAUUAAAUUGGGCUCCGAUAAGGAUAAGCGAAAGGAGACCUCUGAAAAGGAUGAGAAAGCUAAAAAGUCUGUUAGCAUUAAUGAGUUCUUGAAGCCUACCGAGGGGGAAAAAUACUAUGGGCAAGGUGGUCGUGGUCGAGGCCGCGGCCGCGGUUCAAGAGGCUUUGGCAACAGAGAUGGAACGAGCAGUGUGGCAGCCCCUUCCAUAGAAGAUCCUGGGCAGUUCCCAACCCUGGGCGCAAAGUGACCCUCCUGAGAACCCUACCUAAGAUGAUGUCUGCUUACCAUUUUUGGGUUCUUUCCGUAAAUCGUGGCAGGGAAUUGACUACAAUAAUGUGGUUUCCUGUAUUUAUAAGAACUGUUUAAUUUUAUGCUUUAAAAUGUAUAUUUCAGCCUUUCAUUUCCUUGGUAGUCUUUUAAAUUUAUAUUAUCGUUUUGCUGUUUUGAGAAUUUGGAGAUGAAAUGUUUAAUUAUUACUAGAAAUUUUAUUGUU